AUGAAGCCCCGCAGACCAAGCUGUGCAGAUUCAGGUUCGGAGUCUGACUCCAGGGACCCCGAGAAGUUCGAGAGCGUGGUGCGGCGAAGGAUGGCGGCCAACGCUCGUGAGAGGAAGAGGAUGCAGGGCUUGAACACUGCAUUCGACAGGCUACGUAAAGUGGUCCCACAAUGGGGUCAGGACAACAAACUCUCUAAAUAUGAAACUCUGCAGAUGGCCCUGAGCUACAUUAUGGCCCUUAAUCGGAUCCUGACUGAUGCCAGCAGACACGCAGCACCUCAGAAAGAUUGGCUGAAUCUACAGUUUGACAGCCUGCAUCCAGAGGACUAUUCUUGCUUUAUGCAGUAUAACUCACCCAUUGAGAAUGACUGCAUGCAUUCCACAUUCACCUACCACUAUGAAAGUCUUUAA